GCAACGAGAGGUCCCCGAGGCCAUUGGACACACGACGAGAUGCCCGGAAGGAGGCCCGGAAACGUUUAAUGCCGUUCCUGAAAAUAUCGCACUUUCCGAAAGCCAUCGAAAACUUGAUAAGAAGUUAUGUGGAGGUAGCGAGUUGCGAAAACUGGCGAGAAUGAAAGGGAACGUGUGAAGAUUAGCGAGGAUAGAUAGCGGCUCCCUCCUCCUUUUUUCUUCUUCUUCUCGUCCACCCUGGUCGCAAACUUUGCGUUCUCAUCAACGGACACGUUGACGUCAAAUGCAGUUGAGGAUCCUCAAACCCGAAAAUGUUAUUUUGCCUGUGCGACCGAAGCAACAAUUUCCAAUUGAGCCGAACCUUGGCAAGCGGCCUUCCCUUGCCUCUGAUGCUAACCCCGCGGAAGAAGAGGGACGCGGGCCCAAUUUCCCAAACCAAACUGAUCGCGGUCCCGGACUGAAUGACGUGCAGAACGUGCCCUGAAACGACUGCAGCGUUACAAGCUUUAGAGCAUGGCGGAGCCUCGCGUUGUUCCGAGCGGGAAAGUCUACCAGCAACUUUUUGACGAUCAGGUUCGUUUGUCCAGAAGUUUGUUGGCCGCACGCAAACACACAGCAACGACGCGGAUGUGCGCUGCCGACAGUGACGCGACCUGCAACGCCACCGGAGGGGAGCGUUCGGGACUCCCGGAGGACGACGGCGAAGACUCCGACGGCGAAGGCGACGAGGAUGCGGAGGAGGUGAUCAGGCUUCCCGACACCGUGGAGGCCCGUCACGAGUGGUGCGACAUCCUGCAGCGCGUCCACCACAACAAGAAGAUCCAACACCGCCGAGCCGUGCAGCACGUGCACGCGCAACUCACGCACCUGGCGCAGGUGUGUGAGGUCCAAGUGAGGAAAAACUGUCAAGACCUGAGGACCAAACUGCAAGAAAUCGACGCAUCGUUGCGUGAACUCGCACACGACAUGACGCAUGUGCAAGAACGCAGCCUACAGGAAGUGUUGUGCGUCUGGAGCUCGGUGGAGGCUCGCAUGAAGGAGAAGAAGUGCAGCGUGUUGACCUUUGAACUUCAAGUUAACGAGUGCGAGCGGCUGAGAGUCAACCAGAUCAGACCAGUGCUGAGGAGGUACUGCCACCUGCUGGAGAAGAUCAACUUCCUGCCUUGCACAAACACACACGUGCACAUCCACAGCCAGGCCACGCGUGUCGCGUGUGCGCGUCAGAUGCUGAAUCAGUGCCUGCUGGCCAACCGUCGCAGCGCCGCGCGCCUCCUGCUGCUCCUGCACGAGGAGGCCCUCCAGCAGGAGGCGCUCCUGCGGCUGCAGUGGGAGGAGUCUGUCAGCCAGUGGAGGCGGAGCCAGGCGAGUCACCUGGUCCAGGAGUUCAGGUCGUCCGUGGCGAGCGUGGACGUGUGGCGGCUGCUGUCCGAUCAGCAGACCUUCCGGGAAGUGGACCAGAACGUGCGGCGUUUGUCCCAACGGCGCUGCGACAUCGUCACCGGCCUCAGCUCCUUGGUGCCGCCCUCCCUCUCCUCAACUCUGGUCUCUGAUUGGUUCACGCAAUUGACGGCCGUCAAUCAACAAAUCGACAUGUGUCACGCCGACUUCCUUCAUCAGCUGCGGUGUCGUUACGAGCUGAUGUGGCAGGACCGCGUCUCGCAAGUGCAGCGUUACCAGGUCAGCUCCCCGUUUGCGUGGCCACGGUCGCCGCGGACGACGCCUGCCUCUGUCCCGCAGGAGGCGCUGUCCGCUCUGGAGCUGCCGGAGGAGGAAGUGAGCGACGUCGUCAAGUCCCAGCUCAUCUCGCUGAUCGGACAACACCAGAGACAAGAUGAAAUGCAGCUGGCCGCCAUCGACACGUGUUCCGACAGCCUGUACCGUGCGUCGGCCCGGCUCAGCAGGCGCGUCUUUGUGGUCAUGCGUGCGCUGGCGGCGCUCUGGGAGAAGCACGGCGGCAUCCUGCUGGGCCGGGAGGAGGAAGUCCAGCGGCGUCUCGACGAGCUGCGACUGGCGCAGGAGCAACACGUACAGAGGAAGAAAGUGUUCCUGGACGAGCUCCUGGCCGCCCUUCGCCAGGAGAGCAGCGAGGCGGCGCUCAAGUCGUCUCUGGAGCAAACCGUGGUCUACCUGCACGAUGUCAGGAACAGCUGCGGCGAGUGCGUGACGGACCAGUGCGCCGUGUUGGACCGCCUCCCUCGCACCUUCGUGGACGAGCUGCUGGAGUUCAGCCGACUGCUCAGCGACUUCUUCCACCUGGGAAACUCCUUCGUACCCAGCGCAGAAGACCUGAAGAAGCUGCCGCAAGUCGAUGACGACGUCAACGCCGGCGACGGUCAAGAGAGUGGUCAAGAUGGCGGCGCAACAGAGGAACAGCCGAUCAGCUGUCAGGAUGAUGCGGCGCCUGAAGACUCUUCUGAUUCGCUGGCGGAGGCCGAGUCGUCUCUUCUGGAGCUGUACGACCUCAGCAGCAAGGUCAAUUUGACGUCAUCGAGGGGUGCGUCCUACACCGGCCCCGCCUUCAGAUGCCCCGCCUCCGACCUCCCCGGCAACAUGAGCAAGCAACAGGAAACGCACCUCAGCACGUUCCCCGUCGAGCUUCUCAUGCACGCGCUGAACAGGAUGCGCAUGUGGUUCCUGGAUUACGUGGAGCAGCGUUUCCAGGACGUCCUGACGUCGGCGGUCGCCACGGUGACCGACAGGAAGGAGGCGGUACGCGCGUACCACGCGCUCCAAAUGCAGCCGCUCGACCCGCAACACGUCAAGACGUGCAUCUACAUCCCACGCAUGGCCGAGCUGCAGCUCCACAAGCGGCGCGUGGACGCUCACUGCCAGGAAGUGUCGGACGUGCUGACUUCCUGCGCGGAGGCUCUGCAGCAGCUGCAGUCGUCCACCGACGAGAAGAACCGACGGCUGACGGACACGCUCGGCAAGAUGGAGGACGGCGUCCUCAAAACGGACGGCAGCAGGCGUCUGGAGGCCCUCAGCGCCACCCUGCAGGACCGUCUGGACGAGCACAUCAAGCACACCCAGGGCUCGCACUCGUCCUUCCGGAUGUCGCUUCAGUUGCAGAUGGACGAGCUGAGAAAUCGGACGGGCCGCCUCCUCCGAUCCUUCAGGCUGUUCAGCGAAGGAGGCGACUACACUCGUCAGGAGGUGAAAAUCUUCCAGCGGCGUCUGAAGGAGGAAAGCAAACGCAUCAGCAUGACCGAGGAGAGCGUCUACACGGACCUGCACAACCUGCAGACCAAGACCUUACAGCAGGUGAAGGCGGCGUCGGGGCGCCUGGAGGAGAAGCUGUGCGUGCUGCGGGCCGAGGUCAAGUUCAUCGAGAAGAUCGAGAGGAUCCUCAGCAGCACGCAAGUGGAAGUCAAAGCUGAGGCGGCGAGCAGCAACCAGCAGGAGGCGGUCAUCAGCGCUCGCUUGGAGCAACUCCGGAAAACUCUGGAAGAGGAGCAGGUGGGCUCGGAUCAGGUUUUUGCGGCGUUGUCCGCCAUCAGCGAGGACCUGAGGAGGCGGAGACACUACUUGGACGAGGAGAGCGUGGCUCCGCCCACUGUGUCCAAAUCCAGGAAGCAGGUGUGGUCAGCCCCGCCCCCUGCCCUGCUGCAGCCCUGCCGCUCAGGGGGCAACAUCAUGGAAGACCCCAUCGUGGGCGUGGUCAAGUCGCUCAACAGGUUCUGCGAAGGGAGUGACUCCGCCCCCUCCGCCGUCGCAGGUCGAAGCUCUGCCCAGCGUCAGCAGUCGCCAAGACGGAGUGAAUCUGCCGGUGUAGCGAGGUCGUUCAGGACUGACAAAAGGUUCCAGAUCUUUGGUGCCAAAUCAGAAGCGGAUCCCAACCCUGAUUGUUACAUCUCCGUCGUCAACGCAAUCCUGAGGAGGACGCAUCAGACCCUCCUGCUCGUGGCCAAGGACUUCUACCAAAGUCAGCGUUGCGGCGGCUUCCACCGACUUCCUGCCGGUCUGGACCAGUGGGUGGAGAACACGCAGCAAAGGCUUCUGGGACAUCACGAACACGCACGGACGCUGCUCAGCGCCAGCAGAGAAGCGCUCGAGCAGCAGCAGUGCGUGUUGGCCGACAUGAUGCGCUCGCUGCCCGCCACGUUGAUCCGCGCCCACGAGAAGCGGCUGGGGGCGGAGCUCGGGGAGGAGGCGGGGCGUGUCCGCCGCACCUUUGAGGAAACCGUGGCCGCCAGCGAGGAGCAGAAGAUGGCGAGCGUGGCGGGUCUGCGCGUGUCGCUCUCCACCGAAGAAGCGGAGACGCUGCGGCGCAACGAGGAGGCCCGGCAACAGAAGCUCCACGACGCCAUCUUGGGCUCGCACCGAGAACUGCAGGAAUGUAUGCGACGCAGAGGGGAGGAGUUUGUGACGUCGCUGGCGUCCCUCACGGAACAUCUCCUCCUCCAGAUGGACCAACUUCCGCUCCCAGAAGUGACGUCGCAGCAGGCGCCGGAGGAUAGAGACGUCGCUACGGAAACCGCACAGCAGCCCUGCAGGACGUGGUCGGGAAUCCCUCACAUGUCGCUUCCCGCCAACGCGCCCUCUUCCGCUACCGCGGCAACCACCGCCACCGUCACCACCGCCAAGUGCACUCUGGGACAUCUGGCCGUGAUCCAACACAGAGACGCUGCCGUCAAGCGUUUCGAGCAGGUGUUCUCGUCAGAGUUGUCGCAUUCCGAUGCGGACAGACGAAGACGACUUAACGAACUGCAAAGCUGGAAGACGCACUGGAGGCUGCAGAUACACGCGCUGACGCGCUGACGCACACCCAUGUCACGAGGACGCCCGUUGUACGAGUCCCUUCGUGGCCUCAUCUGUUCCGAGACCAAAAAAAAAAUCAACCUUCAAAGCGCAUAACGGAAAGAAUCAUAAAAUCGUCGAUGAAGGAUUAACGUUGGGCGACGAUGAGGGAGGCAAAGGCGCACCAAAGUUUUUUGGGGGGCCAAGACCAAGACCAAGAAAGUUGCAGAAAACGCAGCAAAAACUUGUCAAGUUUUUCCAUGCGCGCUCGCGUCAGUCCAAACGAAAAGCAUCGUGGGUAAAGAUUGACGUCCCUCCUCGCCAACGGGAGAGCGGCCAGGAUGUUGACGUUCGGCUGCGUCUAUUUUUUUCCCCAUCGUGUCCUGAAUUCUCCUCGGUUUUUCCCAGGAGGCUUUUCAUCAUCUGAAUUUUUCCUUAUUCGAGACGUUCGUAAGUCGAGGUAGCGCACGAUCGCCUUUCGUGGCCGAGUGUGUCAAGACGCACAAGGAAUACAGUCCAAGUACCAAAUUGUACCGUCCAAUGGAAAACAGUCAAGAAAGGGAAAAGGCCAAUAAAUCAAAAGAUGAAGAGAAUGAGUUGAACUUUUAUUGGCCGAGAACGAUAAGAGCGUUCGUCCAAUCGGCAGCAAGCCGACCGUUGGCUGUGUUGUCGGCCAUUACAAGACUCCGCCCCCUGCAGCAGAUGAUUGAGGUGAGCCACGCCCCUUGACGAUGCUAAUGCGGGCUAUGCUAAUAACACUUGAGACUAAGUCACUCGUCACAAAAACACUCCCAACGACCUCGGCACUCGAAGCCCGUCGAGGUACUUGCGACUAGAACCUUCUUUUGAAGCUAGAAUGUCGCGCUCCGACUAGCGGAUGGCGUCUUGUCCGGGUAGUCCGACGCCAUUUUGGCGUUGCGCUUCACGACCACGAUGAGGUCCAACAUCGUUGAAAUAGCUUUAGCGUGUUUGGGGGAAGUUAAUUUCCAGAAUUGCAUUCAAAAUUCUGAUUUUAGAUUUUAGAUUCAGGGGCCACAAUUGAAACCAUUUCAAGUAUUUCGUUUGGACACAAUUUGGGAUUCCAGCCCAUAAAGGCCACAACCAGGAAUCCUGUGAAGGAAAUCGGUUUUUGGAUCAAAUAAAAAAAAAAAAACAAACAACUUGAGGCCCGGGGGCCUGAUCCGGCCCGCCGUGUGAUUUUAUGUGGCCCGCAAAGGUACAUCACCGGUAUCAACUAAUUACAAAUUGUCCUAUCAUAGAUGACAACGUUGAGAUAUAGCAAGCAUUUUUGUGUUACCAAACAACAAUAGUUGAAAAUUCCAUCAACCUUGAUUUGUGAUUCCAAAACUAGUUCAUAAAGUUCAUGAUGAGACCAAAGAUUUUCAUGGUUUCACGGUCAUAACGGUCCUUUGAAGGAAACCGCAAGUACAGUGCGGCCCGAGACAAAAAUGAGUUUGACACCCCAGCCUUCGUGAAAAUGUGCAACUUUCAAAAGAAUACGUGGGUUCGAUUCUCACUCGUUGACUAAGAGGCCGGACGGUGGACCAGAAUUUCCGGGGUGGGCUUUCUUCACCCGCUGGGGAACGACCGUCACGAGAAAGAGAGGUGAUGGACGGAGGUGCCACAGCAGCCCAGAAGUCUACACAAGUCUCAAAGCGGGAUUUUGCUAUCAAAGAAGACUGCGGGGCGGACGCCGUUCGUCGGAUGCUCGCUAAUCGCUGCACGCAAACUUUCAGAUUGUACUGAAAUAUUUCUUUGACUGCCUAAAAAGGACACGACGACCACCAAAAUGUAGCAAGCCCAAGCGUGAUGUCAUAACAAGACUGUGAAGCUUUAUUCCCUAAAAUGUACAUUAUCUAUUAUAUUUGUUAUUGUUAUAAGCCACCACUCAGCGGUAGUGACGGCAUUUCUAGCAUAGCUGUGAGCUAUUUUUCAUGCCUUAAAUAUUGUAAUUUAUGAUUGAAUUGAGUGAUUUUCCUCGCAUACUUUGAGAAACACACCAUACGCCCUUCCUUGCUCAUUGUGUCCUGCAGAGGGCACAAAGUUAACUGUAAUGUUCACCUUUUAUGUUCCGGUUCCGGUUUUCUUUGGCUUAUUUUGAAGGAAAAUAAAUGCUAGCAUGAA